AUGGGAGCUAUAGAAAAACUUGUAUCCUAUCCCAGCAAAAUUCUUUCAAUUUUGCUCUUCACAAUCAUGCCGGAUUUCAUCCAUUUAGGCAUAUUAGCUCUUUGCAUUUUCUCCAAAUAUUACCAAAUUUUCACGACGAAACGUAGCUACGAGGCGGCGAUCAUGGGCAGCCAGAGGAGGCUACGGCCUGCUCCGGAUGCCGACGAAUGCAGUGUCUGCCUUUCAGAAUUGGCGUCGUGCGGCCACGUAUUCCACCGGCGGUGCGUGGAGAGGUGGCUGAAGGGCUACGCGCUGACGUGCCCGCUUUGUCGGGCCAUGGUGGUGCCGGAGGCGGUGGUGGCGGAGUACCGGCGGCUGCUGGCGAAGGAGGAGGAUGAUUUUGUUGAGAUGGAGUUUGCUCUUGCGUUGUUGAAUGCAUUGAAUGUUGGUGGAUGUAAUAAUGGGUUUUUUUAG